CUAUUAGUAAAGGUAUUUAAUUUAAUCUUAGUCUUUAUAACUAUUUUAUAAUGUUUCGGAGAUUUUGCACAUAGUAAAUGUUGAAAUAUUGUUUACAGUCAUAACCCUGCUUUGCAAAUCAUCAUACAGAAUAUGCCAAUGAACAAUAGGCGGAAGUAUGAAAUUUAUGUCAUUUCUAUUUCAGUUCCGUAAAUUUUACAUUUUACUUUUUACGUUUUAUAAGACUAUUGUCCUUCAAAUUGUAUGAUUUUUUUGCAUAAAAAUCAAUUAUUAAGGGUUUUAGGAUAAUUUAUUUUGUACAGGUUUAAACAAUCGUACACAAUGGUAUAUACACCACAAGUAUUCAAAUGCGCCAUCAUUUUUUAUAACAGUAUUAUCAUCGAAGUAAGUGCACAUUUAAAAAAAUAUUGACGGCAUGAAAUUAUUAAAUUUACCAAUGUAAGAUAUGAAGUCGUUCCAGUUAGUUGUUUACAAACAUUCUUUCAUUGCGGUUGUUUAGUCACUUAUCCACACACACUUUCACAAUGUAAAGCUAGUACGCUCUGUUUGUUGAUAGCUCACUAGACGAUUGGAGCUUGUUAUUUGCUUUUUUAAUAAUACUUUUCGGAUCAAAGGUCAUUUUUGUUAUAGUUUUUAAUAAGUCAUGGAUCGUGCUAGCAUUUUCUUCUUAGAUGAAGGAGAAUCAAACACUUUCGAUUUUGACGAAACGUUACCACCAUUGCCACUGCCAGACCUACACGAUACAUUACAACGUUACUAUGAUACCAUAAAACCAUUUGGUUCACCAAGUGAACUCGACAAAUCUAAGAGAAUCAUUGCAGACUUUGAAAGUGGCAUCGGUACUCAAUUGCAUAGGAAACUAAAAGAACGUGCUGCAAUCAAAAAGAAUUGGUUAGAUGAAUGGUGGGAUAAAUAUGCGUACCACACGUUACGUGCACCACUCCUUCCAUACAUAGUUAUGGCGAUGCCUGUCAACUUAGAAAUUAUAAAUAUUCCAGAAACACCUGCCUUCCUACUAAAGAAUCUAGCGCGAAUAAUGUACCAUACUCUUGAAUUUUGGAAUUUGGCACGCAAUGCCAUAAUUAAACCACAUUCAUCCAAUGGUGGCAAAAUUAAAUAUUCAUCAGCACUAUAUAAAAGGUUUUUCUCGACAACACGAGCACCAGGAGUCGAAUAUGAUUACCUAAAAAAAUACUUUAAGUCAGUUGACGAAGGUACCACGCCUUCUCAUGUCGUUGUUUCUGGAAAAGGACGUAUGUUCGCCUUCGACGGUUUGCAUGCGGAUGGAAGAAUAAUUUCUCCUCAGGAAAUCCUUAUCCUUUUGCAGCGUGUGCGAGGUAUUUUGGAAUACGAACCAAUGGGUGACUGCGUCCCUGUCCUUACACAUGACGAUCGCACUACUUGGGCAAAUAAUUAUAUGCAUCUUCAGGAGAUUUCAGAGAAGAAUAAGGAAACUAUAGAGACGAUAGAAAGUUCUUCUAUAGUUGUUGUAUUCGAUGAAAAUGAGCCCCAUAGUUAUGAAGAAACUUCGCAGCUUUGUGUUAAUGGCGAUUUUCACUCAAAAUGGGCAGACAGAAGCAGUACAAUCAUUGCUUUCAAGAACGGACGAUUCGCCUAUGUUGGGGAGCAUUCAGCAUACGAUGGUACGUUUAGCGUAAGUUAUGCACUUUUUGUGCAAUUGAGUAUAUUUGAAAUUGCUGAACCCGACUGGAGUUGCACUGACAAAAGUACGUAUGUUACGCUCACUGAAUUAAAAUUUGACUUAGACGAUGAACUUCAAAAGGAAAUCGAGCGUGCAAAACUGGACUGUGACCAAAGGAGAAAUGACAUUAUUGUAACGUAUGAUUAUUUUAAUGAAUAUGGAAAAGAGGAUAUCAAAAGAUGGAAUUUACACCCAGGCUCCUUUGUGCAAGUUAUAAUGCAAUUGGCAUAUGCAGAAUUGCAUCAAGAAAUUGCCGCAACUUAUGAGACUGCUUUAACACGUCAUUUUUACAAUGGUCGAACCGAGACUUUACGCUCUUGUACCACUGAGGUUCAUAAGUUUAUACUAAUUGCGCGUGAAGCGAAGUCUUCUUCCGGAGAAAUUGCCGCCGCCUUUCGAAGUGCUGUUAAUCAUCACAAUCACAUGAUGAAUGAGGCACGGAAAGGAAAUGGUGUGGAUCGACACCUUUUUGGACUUUGGUGUACAGCAUACGAAAAUGGCAUAGAUGUACCAGAGAUUUAUAAUGAUCCUUUAUAUAUGAAAAGUGGUGGAGGUGGGAAUUUUGUUCUAUCUACAAGUACAUUGGGUUACACCUCUAUUGUUGGAUUUGUAGCUCCUAUGACUCUAGAUGGCUAUGGCGUCUUUUACUCAAUAACUACAGACACUAUUUAUAUUCAAAUCACUGCAUUUCGUGCUAGCAGCAAAACAAGCGCACACAAGUUCAAUGAAACAUUUAAACAGCAAUUUUCCAGAAUUAAAAAAUAUUUGGAGGACUCAAAUGAAUCUAAGUUAUAAAAAAUUAAUAUAAGACAAUAUCCUAUAUGUUAAUGCUUUCAUUUUAUUUUUCUCAUUAUUGACUUAUGUAUAUUUCAAUAGAAUUGUAUUUUUAAAAUAUUAUGUCAAAUGUUUAAAUACAAUUUAAAUAUACGGAACCUUAGUACGAUUUCAA